AUGCCUUCUUCCCGUCGCAAACUCGAGGAGGAGCAGGUUCCCCCUUGGGAACCUGGUAGAUACAUGUUUGAUAUCGAGGCCGAAAACGCCAGGGCCGCGCAGAACCGACGCAACGAGCGAGAGGGGAGGGGAGGCCAGAGUGAGACUGCUGCUAGCUCCAACGAGGCUGAGGGAGCCACAGACGACUGCUUUCAGCUGCAGCACUUGGUGACCCGCAAAUCUGACAACCCCCAGCCGAUGAUGGUCGGAAUUGGCGAGACAUCAGUGCAUUUCCUUGACCUCCUGAAGUCUCCAGAGUUUCUCCAAGCCCUUAACCAUCUCACUGCCUCCGACACUGGGCCCACGAUUCUACCCCGUCUCCAGACCGAGCUCAAACCAUGGCAGGCCGUCGGUGUCACCAAACUUCUGCAAUCAACCGAGUCCAUGUUCAAGGGAGCCUUGCUUUGCGAUGAAGCCGGCAUGGGCAAGUCUCUCACGGCACUGACAGCUGCUCUGAUCAAGCGGAAGCAGAUGCUGCCACGCUGUGGCUUUGUCCUCGUUGUUUGCCCUGCUGAGGGUGUUCACCCAUGGUGUUCCGAAAUCAAGAAGCACUUCAAGAAGGAUGAUCGGCCAUCUUACAUCAUUCUUGACAGCGACAACAUCCGGUGUGAUCAGCUUUUGCAAUUUGAAGUUGUCAUCUGCUCUACUUCCUUUCUCGUCAAGAAAUUUGUAGAUCACCAGGAAUUCGUGUGCUUCUACGACACGAUUCACGCCCUCGACAUGCCUGUGGCACAGCAACGCUUUCUUCACCAAAAGCUGGUGCAUCCCAAGUUUCCGCUCCAUUCUGAGUUGUACAAGAUCAUCAACCGGAAUAUUGCUGUCUUGAUCCUGGACGAGUCACACAUCGCCCAUGAUGAAAGCACUCUGCUCAACGCUGCUGUGCGUUCGCUCGAGUAUCACCACGCGUUCUUGAUUUCUGGGACACUCAGGAAGAGCUCCUGGCGGGAUCUGGCGGGCCAGUCCAUGAUACUUCCUGGUAGCCCGAUUCAGAACAUGGAGAAAUUUGACGAGAUCUUCAAGACGGCCCAAUUAACCUCGGUCGAUGGCGACGGAUCGAUGCAAACAGCUGCAACCUGGAACAUGCUCUCACGCUACUUCAUGGGCCAAAUAGUCAGCCGUCCUAGUUCAGUUCCGCCCAUUCCUGACUGUACAAUGCAAGUCACAGUGCCCUCCGAGCCACAAGAUCGUCUCAUGUACCUGAAGAUUACCUUUCUGGUGCUGGAAGGAAAGAAGCUCAUCAAGGACCCAAAGACUGUCAGCCGUGGACUAGCGAUUCUCAAGAAGGCACAACAACUCGCCUGCCACCCGGCUGUCUGCAGCCACCAUGCCAUCAGUAUCGGAAUAGACGAGAACCUGACGGUUUUUCAUCCCUUUGCCGAGUUUGAGACGGAUGUGAUGAAGAAGCUCGACUUCUUCCUUGACAGCUGCUUUGAACCUGACCAGGCUGUUAACGAUGGCAUGCUCAUGGAGAUGUGCAACUCCAGCGAUUCUCUACCCCUUGGUCAGCCUCUGUAUGGCCCAUGGCCCAAGGACGCCUGGAAGCAGCUGGACAUUCGUCAACGACAGCUCGUUACCGAUGGGAAAGCCAAGCUGAGCUCCAUGACGGCCGAUGAGUUUUCUCGAUUCAAGAAGUAUUUGUAUUCCCAGCCUUGCGCUUUCAACAAGUGGCAUCUCUUUCUUCGACUGGGGCUGAAUCAUGACGAUGUCGAAUCUACAAACGACAGGGAUACCUUCUCUACCCCUGAGCUCCUGGACAGCCAGUCUUCCGUCUGUAGCGAUGAUCUCAAGGCCGCUGAGGAUUUUGCUUACCAGGACGAAGGCUUUAAGAACUACGGCAACAUUCACGACGACCGGCAAGCCCUCUCAAACAACUCAAAACAAGGAACAAAGGGAACAAAGCGCUCAAACUACUUGUGGACCAAAAAGUGGCAGGACUAUGUCUAUUACAUGGAGGAGGAUGAAUACAUGUCGCCUCGAGUACGUGCCAUCGCGUCCAAGAUCGCCGAGCUCCAUCGGCAGCACCAGGACGAAAAAGUCAUCGUGGCUUCCACCUCGGUUCUGUUUCUGGACAUCAUAUCCCGUGUGAUUGACGUCCGGGACAGAUACCUUAGGAUUGUUCGGUACGACGGCUCAGUCAAGCUCAAAUACAGGGCGGUUUACGUAGACGAUUUGAACCGACCUGUCGAUAUGGCUAAAAAGGUUGAGCUCCUUGACGCAUUGAGCAUCGCCGAUGAAGGGGGGAGAGGAAAGCUUCUUUGUGAAAUUAUGGAAGCUGAGGGCUGCCGCGUCCUCCUCCUGGAUGCCCAUGUUGCUGGCCCCAGUCUAAGUCUGACCGGUGCCUCGAGAAUCAUCUUCUGCGAGAAGUUCUGGACGCCGGGUUUGGAGGAAAAAGUCAUCGGAUGUGUCCGCCAGUUCCCUCAGGAGAAGCCAGUGCACGUCUAUCAAUUCUUUGAUGAGAUGUCAGACAUCGAUCUCCUUGUGAAGGACAUGGUCAGGGACGAGCAUGAGCCCACCCAAGAUGUCACUGCCUUCUUCAGACGAAUGGACACGGAUGUCGUUCAGGUUCCAGAAGUUUCAACUCGGGAGGAACAUUCUAUGGCCCUUGAGAAGCUCAGCGAGAACAAGGUGGUGGUCUGA